GGGAAGUCAGUGAUCAGCCUUUUGUGUGGAGGUUGUGUCUGUCCCUCCUUACCCCUCCUCUCCCCUCAGUAGUCAGGGCGUGAUGGUAAGCUUCCUCUCGGACCUCACGCAUACCCAGGCUCUCCCUGGGCUAGGACUCGUAGGAGCUGACGAGGCUGACACUCAAAACAAAGCUCAAAAGACAGCAGGAAUCUUGUACUAAAGUGAUCUUCCACACGAACUUUCCUGACGGCCUGCCGAGUGGAGCAUCACAUCUUGAGUUGAUAGGAAAUCUAAGCCACAAACAACAUGGCUGUGACUCUGUGUGGCUGGAGUGGAUGGCUAUGUCGUUUCGCACUACUACUCGCGCUCUGCCAUUCUGUUUCGCAAUCAGUGGUGAAUAGAUAUAUUAUUGGUGGUGUUUCCAAUGCAGUACAAGAGGUUACAGUGCUUCACUUAAAGGCUUGUGAUUCUACCAUAGGCUUUAGUUUACCCUAUAAAAAAGAAAAGAAAAAACGAAAUUUCUCUAGCAUUCGCUUACCGACCGAGCUGCGGCCCGUGCAUUACGUUUUGAGGCUGCACCCCCUGCUACACGGCAACCACACCAUCAUAGGGCGGCUGGAGGUCGAGCUGGAGGUCCUGAAGGCGACCUCCCGCGUGGUGUUUCAUCUCGUCGACAUCGAUGUUAUAGAAGAGAGCGUUAGGGUCACCCUCAUGAGCAAGCGUCGGACGCUGCCUGUGAAGCGACAGCGCUACGAUCCCGAUUACCAGCAAUACACCGUCCAUCUCCGUCGCCGCCUCCGUCAGGGGAAUACAUACCUCCUUUCCCUACACUUCCAGAGCAUGCUAGGGAACGCGACUAAGGGUUUCUUUGUCACGUCAUACAAAGAUAAGGAUGGGAAUGAGAGAAAAGUGGCGGCCACUCGUGCCUGUUACCCGCCGAGGGGACGACCGAGGAAAUACUGGGGACCUGGCCGCUUGACGGUGGCCAUUAACAGGCCUCCAUUCUUGAGAGAACCUUCAACCUCUCGUAUCGUCCGGAAGAGGAUUGGUGGGCCCUUCCUGAGGGACCUCCUCAGGGAAAUUCAGUUCAUGGCCUACAACUUGACCUCCUCCCCUCUUUGCAACAGAGAGUCCCUGUUCCUGAUCGACCCCGCCAACUCCUCGGCGACUCAGCAGAGAAACCUGGCCCGAUACACACGGGUGAUCCAAGUGGCAGCUGGAAGCCCGGAGUUGGGUUUGGCUGACGGGUUUCGUGGGGACCAGCAGCAAGUACAUCAUGCACCAGACGGACUACGCUCUUCGCACCCCGUGAGCGACGCCAUCCCCAGCCCGGCCUUUAUCUAUGAUGUGUUCGAUGAGAUCCCGUACAAUAAAGGUUAGUUUGGGGGCGCGUCGAUUAUCCGGAUGAUGCAACACUUCCUGACCGAAGAGACGUUCCAGAAGGGGCUGACCAGCUAUCUUGCCACGCUUGUUGUAGUGGACGAGGAGAGUUACACCACACGCAAACCCCCGAGAGUGGGGACCUUUUGCAACUUCAUGACAGAUCGGGAGUACCAGAGCACCACCGACCACAACGGCAAUGCGAAGCUAACACAGAAACGGUUCCUGACCUUGGGCGACGAGAAGGAAGAAGACCUUUCGUACAAGUGGUGGGUCCCAGUCACCUUCACCAGUCAGAAGCGGCCGUUCUUCCGCCACACACGAGCGCAAACCUGGCUCAUCAGUCACGCCUCCCAUGUUCGAGAGAGACAAAGGUUCCAAGGUCUCCGCCGCCCGCAAUGCUGGCAACAUUUUCACCCUUUCAGAUGGACCGGUUAUUACCUAGUCAGGUAUAUGUACGUUCGUGCCUAGUAUGUUACCCUUUACUACUGGAAAUCUUACCCAACCCUCAGGAAUCCUUUUGGGCUCUCGUCUACCCCACAGCUUCCUUCCUCAGGUCUACUUUCCUACAAAACUGCCCUUAACACAACGAUGUACCUCCAAGCAGAAGAGAGCUACGUGGCUUGGCAGGCGGCCUUUAGAAACAUGCAGUUCAUCUGUGAUAUGUUUCGGUAUACGGCUUCCUACGGUGCCCUUAAGGUAUUUCGGAUUACGUCUCUACCUCUGAAGCCUCUCUACGACACACUGGGCUUCAAACACGACCCUGAGGCUGACCUACAGACACAGCUUCUUCGCCAGGAGGUGGUGACGUGGGGCCUGUCGCUUAAGGGGACCAGCCACAUGAGUCAAACCUCAUCCAUUUUUUCCGGACGCUGGAUGGAAGGAAGGGAAGGCUUCCGAGGAGGGGUAGUGGUCCAUUGAUUUUCGCCAUGCCCGGUCUACUGCCACCGCCACGUCCAGGGGCCAUUAGAGAGGGGAGGGGAGUUCGGCGGAGAAGAUUUUCAUCUCGCAAAAUCACGGUUUCAACGCGAGGCUUUAGGGACCGCUCUGGGCUGCACGCCUCGGGGCUGGAUCCUUUCGAUGUUCCUCGAGGAGGCCCUGGGUGGCGGCUCGGGCCUGCGGCGCCGGGACCUGCCGCUAGCGUUCAAGGCGGUGGCGCGGUCGGAGGUGGGCAGCUUCGUGGCCUGGCAGUUCCUCAGCGAGAACUGGCGCGAGCUCAGACAACUAGAUCUGGUCGACCUUUCCACCCUGUCCGAAAUGGUGCUGACUGCCAUUAAGUACUUCAACAAUGAUCAACAGCUCGAACAGGUGAAGCAGCUCCUCGAGGACACGCCAGACGACCAGGAGCCGCUGAAGAAGGUCCUCCUGCAGGCGGUGGAGACGGUCGAGAGGAAACGUGUAGGGAAGAGAAACACAAUUUUCGAAGUGAUGUAUAAGGUAGGCUGGGAGGAACGGGGGUUUUCGUAUGCUUUUAGUGAAUUUUAA